AGUGUUUCCAUGUGUGCCUAAAACGAUGCAUGGACAGGUUUCCGAGUGGAUGAAAAAUAAAGGCAAAGUAUCAUUUAUGCCAAGCGACCAUGCUGUGCAUCUUGAUCUGAUUGGUGAAGUUCAUGGAUUGGCCUCUGCUGAAAGCUAUUUCAAUGGCAUGCAUGAGAAAGACAAGACGGAAAAAACAUAUGGUGCGCUCUUGAACUGUUAUGUGAGAGAACGCCUAACUGAGAAGGCCUUGUCCCAUAUGCAUAAGAUGAAAGUGAUGGGCUUAGCAUCCUCCCCUCUGCCUUACAAUGAUAUCAUGUGCCUCUACACAAAUACUGGCCAGCAUGAAAAGGUUCCUCUUGUUCUGGCUGAAAUGAAGGAUAAUGGGGUCUUACCUGAUAAUUUCAGCUACAGAAUUUGCAUAAAUUCUUAUGGCACAAGGCGUAAUGUUGAUGGCAUGGAGAAAGUUCUAGAAGAGAUGGAGCAUCAGCCACAGAUUGUCGUUGACUGGAACACAUAUGCUGUGGUUGCAAACAUCUAUAUAAAAGCAGGGCUUAUUCACAAGGCUGUGUCUGCACUUCAAAAAGCAGAAGAAAAGCAGGACAAAAAAAAUGGGCUCGGCUACAGCCAUCUGAUCUCCCUUUAUGGACAUUUAGGAAUGAAAUCCAAGAUGCAGAAGCUAUGGGAACUUCAGAAGUUAAAUUGCAAGAAAUUUAUCAACAAGGACUAUACGGCCAUGCUUGGGGCGUUGGUGAAGCUUGGGGAGUUGGAAGAAGCUGAAGUGUUGCUUAAGGAAUGGGAAUCAAGUGGAAAUGCUUUAGAUUUUCGUGUUCCAAACAUUCUCCUUAUUGGGUACCGGCAAAAGGGUUUGCUAGAAAAGGCUGAGGCAAUGCUUGAUAAUUUCUUAAACAAAGGGAAGAAUCCACCAGCAAAUAGUUGGGGAAUUGUCGCAACUGGAUAUGCAGAGAAGGGCAAGUUGGACAAGGCAUACGAGUUUAUGAAGAAUGCCCUUUGUGUUUAUGUUCCAAAUGCAGGGUGGCAACCAAACCCCAAGGUGGUUAAGAGUAUACUGCAUUAUAUCAACAAUGAAGGGGACAAUGGCAUCAAGGAUGUUGAGACUUUCAUUGGUUUAUUAAAAAUUGCAAUGCCCAUGGAUCAGGAUAUGUAUCACACAUUGAUCAAGGCUAAUGUUAGAGCAGGGAGAGAUGUAGAUGACCUUUUAAAGAGUAUGGAAGCUAAUGGAAUACAACAGAAUGAGGAGACGAGGAAGAUUCUAAGAUCAAUAUGUUAAAAUUACUCCUGUUAUUCAUGAAUAAGAAUUUAUAUCUUAAGGAGGAUAUCAGAUAAGAAAGGACAUGCUUUAAGUUGGUUUUUCCAUGCUUCUUUUAGAUUAUUUUUAACAUUGGUCUCUUCCUUGGUAGUUGAUUUUUCCAUGCUUUUCUAAGAUUAUUUUAAGUAUUGGUCGCU